GUGAAAGUUAUAUCAAAUAAUAUGCGAAUCGAAGUAUUAUCAUCGUCAUUAUCAUUAUUAUUAUUAUUAUUAUUACUAUAACAAUAAUAAUAAUAAUAAUAGUAACAAUAAUAAUGAUAAUAAUGUCUUCGCCUCGCGGUAUGUAUCUCGAUCGUCGAUCGUCUAGUGCACCGAGAUAGUAAUCUCGAGGAUUUUUUUUUCCUCUCUUUUUUCUCUCUCUCUCUCUCUCUCUCUCUUUCUUUCUCGUGCGCGUACUUUACUUACUAUAUCUAUUUCUCGCGAAUAGUAAGUUAUAAUCGCGGAGUUACGUCGAUGCCGUACGACGUCGACGGGCGACGUCUUCGUGCGCUCUUCAUGCGCGCGUCCCUCAGUGUUCAGUGAUUAUUUUAUAUCCAAUUACAAUAAACCAAGGAGAAAUACGAGUAAGGAAGGACAGUAAAGGGUGGAAUUUUAAUUCGAUAGAGAGAAGAAGAACAGACCUGACCAAAGGCACACAACAAUAACGCGACCAUAGUAAUUUGUAAGGAACAUUGAAGGGCCAAUAAAAAAAAAAAAAAAGUAAAGAUGUCGUCGGUGAAAGUAGCGGUGAGGGUUCGACCCUUUAACAAUCGUGAAAUUUCACGAGAAGCACAAUGCAUCAUUGAAAUGUCAGGAAGUACUACUUCAAUAGUAAAUCCAAAAGCACCUGCAGGCAGUAAGGAUGCAAUAAAAAGCUUCAAUUAUGAUUAUUCGUACUUUUCCAUGGACCCAAGCGAUUCUAAUUAUUCUUCGCAAAUUAUGGUCUAUAAGGACAUAGGCGAGGAAAUGUUAGAACAUGCAUUUGAAGGCUACAAUGUUUGUAUAUUUGCUUAUGGACAGACCGGUGCUGGAAAGUCUUAUACAAUGAUGGGAAAACAGGAGGAGGGUCAAGAGGGUAUUAUACCUCAAAUUUGUAAGGAUUUAUUCCGUAAGAUCAGUCGAAACUCGUCCGAACAAUUAAAAUAUUCGGUUGAGGUAAGCUACAUGGAGAUUUAUUGUGAGAGGGUUAGGGAUUUGUUAAAUCCAAAGAACAAAGGAAAUUUACGUGUACGAGAGCAUCCUCUUCUUGGACCAUACGUCGAGGAUCUUUCAAAAUUAGCAGUGAUGUCAUAUCAAGACAUUCACGAUCUCAUAGACGAAGGAAAUAAAGCUAGAACGGUCGCAGCCACAAACAUGAACGAGACAUCCAGCAGAUCGCACGCGGUCUUUACAAUUUUCUUCACACAACAAAGACAAGAUUCAACGACCGGAUUAGCGACAGAGAAAGUUAGUAAAAUAUCACUUGUCGAUCUGGCAGGUUCUGAAAGGGCCGAUUCAACUGGUGCAAAGGGUACAAGAUUGAAGGAAGGUGCAAAUAUAAAUAAGAGUCUUACUACACUCGGAAAAGUUAUCAGCGCAUUGGCCGAGAUCGCGGCUACAAAGAAAAAAAAGAAGGCAGAUUUCAUCCCCUACAGAGACUCAGUUCUAACAUGGUUAUUACGUGAAAAUCUUGGUGGUAAUUCGAAGACCGCAAUGAUAGCAGCAGUUAGUCCAGCCGACAUCAAUUACGAUGAAACUUUAUCGACAUUGAGAUACGCGGAUCGGGCGAAACAAAUCGUUUGCAAAGCCGUGGUCAACGAGGAUGCGAACGCUAAACUCAUUCGAGAGCUCAAAGAAGAAAUACAGAAAUUACGUGAACUACUCAAACAAGAAGGGAUCGACGUACAAGAAGGGCCAGAUGGCAAAGUCACUUAUGAAAAGAAAGAGCAUAGGGAUGAGAUCAUUCGAACGAAUAAACGCGAGGACGAUUACAAAGAAUCACGUUCAAGAAUUCCCUCACACACAACUUCGACUAUUGCCGAAGAAGCGGUUGAUCAGUUGCAAGCAUCAGAAAAAUUAAUAGCCGAAUUAAAUGAAACGUGGGAAGAAAAAUUGAAGAGAACGGAAUCGAUUAGACUCCAACGCGAAGCUGUUUUCGCUGAGAUGGGUGUAGCAGUUAAAGAGGAUGGCGUUACAGUUGGUGUAUUUUCCCCGAAGAAGACACCACACUUGGUUAAUCUAAACGAGGAUCCAUUGAUGUCCGAGUGUCUUAUUUAUUAUAUAAAGGAUGGUUUCACGCGUAUCGGUAGCGCCGAAGCUAAUAUACCACAGGAUAUACAACUUUGCGGUCCUCAUAUAUUGAGCGAGCAUUGCGUAUUUGAAAAUCACGAGGGUGUAAUUACUCUGAUGCCUAAGAAGGAUGCAUUGAUUUAUGUAAAUGGUCGUGAAAUAACCGAACCGAUCGUACUUAAAACUGGAUCGCGCGUUAUCCUUGGGAAAAAUCAUGUAUUCAGGUUCAAUCAUCCUGAUCAAGUACGUGAACGAAGAGAGAAAAAUUCACCCGCUGAGACACCCGGCAAUGGUGAAACCGUUGAUUGGAACUUCGCACAAAUUGAAUUAUUAGAGAAACAAGGUAUUGAUCUCAAAUUGGAAAUGGAAAAGAGAUUAUUAGUACUAGAGGAACAAUUUCGAAAGGAAAAAGAAGAGGCUGAUCAGUUCUUUGAAGAACAACGUAAGAGUUACGAAGCACGAAUAGAUGCCUUGCAGAAGCAGGUAGAAGAACAAAGUAUGACUAUGUCAAUGUAUAGCAGUUACACGCCAGAGGACUUUAAUAAUACCGAAGAAGAUAUAUUCGUCAACCCCUUGUUUGACGCAGAGAGCAACUGGACCGAGAGAGAUUUCCAAUUGGCCGCUUGGGCCUUCCGCAAAUGGAAGUAUCAUCAAUUUACCAGUCUACGGGAUGACCUAUGGGGCAAUGCGAUAUUCCUCAAGGAAGCCAAUGCCAUUUCGGUUGAACUUAAGAAAAAGGUUCAGUUCCAAUUUACGCUAUUAACAGAUACCCUUUAUUCUCCGUUACCUGUUGAUCUUUUACCAAUUGCUACCGAUGGUGAAGAGGAAGAAGAAAGACCAUUCCCUCGUACAAUCGUUGCCGUUGAAGUUCAGGAUACAAAGAAUGGCGCCACGCAUUAUUGGACCUUAGAAAAAUUAAGGCUUAGGUUAGAACUAAUGCGCGAAAUGUAUCAUAAUGAGGCUGAACUUUCACCUACGUCGCCAGAUUUUAAUAUCGAAACUAUUACGGGUGGUGACCCGUUUUACGAUCGUUUCCCCUGGUUCCGCAUGGUUGGAAGAUCAUUCGUAUAUCUAAGCAAUUUGAUGUAUCCCGUACCACUUAUUCACAAAGUGGCUAUAGUCAAUGAGAAGGGAGAUGUCAAAGGUUAUUUAAGAGUAGCCGUACAAGGUGUUGUUGGAGAAGAAAAUAGCGAAUAUUCGAGCGGUGUUAGACAAUCGGCACAUAUUUCUUUCGAAGAUGAUUUAUUCGGUGGACAUAAACAUAACAAACGAAAUACACUUUUGGCUCAAACUUUGGAAAAGAAUCGUCAAAUAUUGAUGAAUGACGAUCGCGUAAUAGGUCAUAACGAAUUACACAAGGAUUUGAAAGAUGAGGAUGAUAUAUGUGACGCUGAUAGCGGAAGAGGUGAUAGUUCAGUUUCAAGUGAUAUGAAGGAAGAAGAUCUACCGGAUCAUUUACAACUCGGUGCUGAAUUUACAUUCAGAGUUACGGUGUUACAAGCAAUGGGUAUUUCGACCGAGUAUGCCGAUAUUUUCUGUCAAUUCAAUUUCUUACACCGACAUGACGAAGCAUUUUCAACGGAACCGGCAAAGAAUACAACCAAAGGAAAUCCACCUGGAUUUUAUCAUGUACAAAAUAUUACAGUGACGGUCACGAAAUCUUUCUUGGAAUAUCUUAAAUCACAACCGAUUGUAUUUGAGAUCUUUGGACAUUAUCAGCAACAUCCGUUACACAAGGAUGCUAAACUAGAAUACGUACGACAACCACCAAAAAGGAUGUUACCACCUUCAAUACCAAUUAGUCAACCUGUACGUUCACCAAAGUUUGGUAGCGUUUUACCAUCACCAAGUACUUCACACGUUCAUGCAAAAUAUGAUGUACUCGUAUGGUUUGAAAUUUGCGAAUUAGCACCAAACGGUGAAUAUGUUCCAUCGGUUGUUGAUCAUAGCGAUGAUUUACCUUGCCGUGGAUUAUUCCUACUUCAUCAAGGGAUUCAACGUCGUAUUCGUAUUACGAUUGUACACGAGCCUGCUUCUGAAUUACGAUGGAAAGACGUAAGAGAACUCGUUGUAGGUCGUAUUAGGAAUACACCAGAACCGGAAGAAGAGGAUAACGACUCCUCCGUACUUUCAUUGGGAUUAUUCCCAGGUGAAUAUCUUGAAGUUCCAGGUGACGACAGAUGUAUGUUCAGAUUCGAGGCAGCCUGGGACAGUUCUUUGCACAAUUCGGCCUUGCUUAACAGGGUCACGUCUUACGGUGAACAAAUAUUCAUGACUAUCUCCGCAUACCUUGAGUUGGAGAAUUGUGGUAGACCAGCAAUUAUUACAAAAGAUUUGAGCAUGAUUAUUUAUGGCAGAGAUGCCAGGGUCGGGCCAAGAUCAUUAAAACAUCUGUUCAGUGGAAGUUAUCGAAAUCAAGAAGCAAAUCGACUUAGCGGCGUCUAUGAAUUGGUGCUGCGACGUUCAUCGGAAGCAGGUAGCCCAGGCGUACAAAGGCGACAACGUCGUGUAUUAGACACGAGUUCUACGUACGUCAGGGGUGAAGAAAAUCUUCAUGGUUGGAGACCACGAGGAGAUAGUUUGAUUUUCGAUCAUCAAUGGGAACUUGAGAAAUUAACGAGAUUGGAAGAGGUUGAAAGGGUCAGACAUACUUUACUUUUGAGAGAGAAACUUGGCAUCGAUAAAAUGCCUAUGUGUAAUAAACCAUUACAUGAUUUCACAAAAAGCGAAAAGGAGGUUUGUAAUAUGGUAGCCAAAGCUACAAACGAAUCACAUGCUAGCCCAGUCAAACUCAAACGUUCAACCAGCAAAGACGUUUAUGAACCUUGGGAAAUGACUGACAGGGAGAGAGAAUUGGCAACUAAAUAUAUUAAACUUAUCCAAGGUAGAAUUCCAAGCAAAGAACCGAUUUUAUUGUCCGACGUUUCACCGGGUGAAGAUACGAUAGGUGAUAUGUCGGCAUCCAUGCUAUCAUCGGUUUUGUCCUCGUCGUCACAAGAACUGAGUUCACCCGAAAGAGCCAAAUUGCAAGAGCUUCAAGAAAGCAUAUUAGCUAGCGAGACAAUUGGUCAAUCAUGUACAGCACCUGCUCCGAUGGGAUCGUCUUCACCUUCGAAGGAAAAUCUAGUGUUGUAUGUACCAGAAGUCGAGGAGAUACGUAUCAGUCCUGUCAUUGCCAGGAAAGGAUAUUUGAAUGUCUUAGAACACAAGACUAAUGGAUGGAAGAAACGUUGGGUUGCAGUACGUCGACCGUACGUUUUGAUCUUCCGAGAGGAAAAAGAUCCCGUAGAAAGAGCUCUGAUUAAUUUAGCAACUGCUCAAGUAGAAUACUCCGAAGAUCAAUUAGCUAUGGUGAAAGUACCAAACACAUUCAGUGUCGUGACAAAACACCGUGGUUAUCUUCUUCAGACUUUAGGUGACAAGGAAGUAUACGAUUGGUUGUACGCUAUCAAUCCACUUCUAGCCGGUCAGAUAAGAUCAAAAUUGGCACGCAAAGGCCCGGUUACUAGAUCCUUAAACAAUGUUUCACCAACCGGUGUUACUUCGGCGUCGGAACAACAAUCGAAUCAAACCAAGUGAGUGAUCGAUGCCUUGCUGGAGGUAACCGGCGCCGUUGCAAGAGCCUCCAAGAGAAUAUUCCGUUGGCCAAAAGCGACAUUUUCGGCCCAGGACUUCUAUAGUUUUCGAUUUUCAGUAGUCAUCGAGUGAUCGUCGCGACAAGAGAACGUCGCCGACGUGGUUAUUCGCUAAACCGAUGAUCUUGAUAUCUCGGAAUCUCGUUUAAGGAUACAUACGUUAUUUUAUCAUACACAUACAUACACACACACACACAGACAUACAUACGCGCGCACACACACACACACACACACAGAGCAUACAUACGCACACACACGCACACAAAGGUACAUAAAACACACGUACAAAGAUACACACGUAAUUGCGUAUACACGAGAUAGGCGCUAAUAUACCGAAUGAAAAGCAAAAAGAGGAUUUAAAAAAAAAACAAAAAGAAGAUGAAAAAAAGAAAAGAAAAGAAAGAAGAAACUAAACAAACGCGUAAAUCAUACAAAAAAAAAAAAAAUAACGCCCUGCUUACUUCGCCUACGUGCAGGAUUGAAAAAAAAAAAAAAAAAAAAAAAGAAACAGAAAGAAAGAAAAGCGAAAUAUAUUCUCCUUCUAUGAAUAGCAACAUGCUGAAAUAAAGAAGAAAAAAAAAAAAAAACAAAAAAGAAAAAAAAGAUCAUUGUACCUUUUAGCGUUUUAGCCGAGAACACUUUCGCGUUUCUCGGUACAUUUCGAUUUCUUGCGAAAUGUCGCCGAUGAGACAACACAACAAGGAAAGUUCGCAGGGAAUUACAUAUAUCGAUCUGUGUGUAUUGUUCUAUUCUUUUUUUUCUUCUUUCUUUCUUUCUUUUUUUUCUUUCUUUCGUUUUUUUUUUUUUUUCUUUUUUCUUUCUCUUCCUUUCUCCUUUCCACUUCCAUAUUUUAUGGAAGAAAAAAGGGGUUUCGUUAAUUCUCUUUCUCUCUCUCUCUCUCUCUAUCUAUCUAUCUAUCUAUCUAUCUAUCUAUCUAUCUAUUUAUUUAUCUAUCUACCUAUCUAUCUGUCUCUCUUUCGAAAAUGUGCGUCCAAACAAAUUUGGUGAUUUGCGUGUUGAAUAAUGUGCGUUUAUGCCUAAUAUUGUGAAGUGCGUUUAGAGAGAAGAGGAAAUGGAUGAAUUAAAAAAAGAAAAAAAGAAGAAGAACAAGUAGAACAAGAAGAAAACAGCGUUUGAAAAAACGGAAGGAUUGGAAGGGUUAUAGGGAUGGUGGUGAGGAGAGAUGACGAGAGGGGGGGGGGAGAGAGAGAGAGAGAGAGAACUCUUCUAUCUCAUUUUUAAAAUAAUUAUUUAUUUGCCGAUCACACAUACGAAAAUACGUACAUAUAUACAAAAUAGAUACACACAUACACACACACACACAUCACACGUACACAUACAAAUACACAUUACCAAAGAAGAACUACAUCGAUGAGUAUGUAAACAAAUGAUUGAAUUACUAUUAAAGUAUGUAUAUGUAUAUCGUUA